GGACCAGUUCCUGCCUGGCGCGCGGACCGGCCGCAGGAAGUUGCCGCAAAACUUUUUUCGGGGGGGUGCGACCGGAGCCCCCCGAGCGCGCGGGCUGCAUGCGCCUGGGGUAGCCGGGUCCCCCUCGGGUCGCCAGGCGUGCCCAGAGGGGACGGACUCGUCCCGGGGCGCCCCGGCCCCGCUGUCCCCGGGGCUAUGGCCAUGGUGACCGGUGGCUGGGGCGACCCCGGAGGCGACACGAACGGCGUGGACAAGGCUGGUGGGAGCUACCCACGCGCGACCGAGGACGACUCGGCGUCGCCUCCCGGGGCGACCAGCGACGCGGAGCCGGGCGACGAGGAGCGUCCGGGUCUGCAGGUGGACUGCGUGGUGUGCGGGGACAAGUCCAGCGGCAAGCACUACGGCGUGUUCACCUGCGAGGGCUGCAAGAGUUUCUUCAAGCGCAGCAUCCGCCGCAAUCUCAGCUACACCUGCCGGUCCAACCGUGACUGUCAGAUUGAUCAGCACCACCGGAACCAGUGUCAGUACUGUCGCCUCAAGAAGUGCUUCCGGGUGGGCAUGCGCAAGGAGGCCGUGCAGCGCGGCCGCAUCCCGCAUGCGCUCCCGGGCCCAGCGGCCUGCAGUCCUCCGGGCGCGGCGGGAGUCGAGCCGUUCGCGGGGCCACCGGUGUCCGAGCUGAUCGCGCAGCUGCUGCGCGCUGAGCCCUACCCCGCGGCCGGGCGCUUUGGUGGCGGCGGCGCCGUGCUGGGCAUCGACAACGUGUGCGAGCUGGCGGCGCGCCUGCUGUUCAGCACGGUCGAGUGGGCCCGCCACGCGCCCUUCUUCCCCGAGCUGCCGGCCGCCGACCAGGUGGCGCUGCUGCGGCUCAGCUGGAGUGAGCUCUUCGUGCUGAACGCCGCGCAGGCGGCGCUGCCGCUGCAUACGGCACCGCUGCUGGCCGCCGCGGGGUUGCACGCCGCGCCCAUGGCAGCGGAGCGCGCAGUGGCCUUCAUGGACCAGGUGCGUGCCUUCCAGGAGCAGGUGGACAAGCUGGGCCGCCUGCAGGUGGAUGCUGCCGAGUACGGCUGCCUCAAGGCCAUCGCGCUCUUCACGCCUGAUGCCUGUGGCCUUUCUGACCCAGCCCAUGUGGAGAGCCUGCAGGAGAAGGCACAGGUGGCCCUCACCGAGUAUGUGCGUGCCCAGUACCCAUCGCAGCCUCAGCGCUUUGGGCGUCUGCUGCUGCGCCUGCCGGCCCUGCGUGCUGUGCCCGCAUCCCUCAUCUCCCAGCUCUUCUUCAUGCGCCUGGUGGGCAAGACACCCAUUGAGACGCUCAUCCGGGACAUGCUUCUGUCAGGGAGCACCUUUAACUGGCCCUAUGGCUCGGGCUAGCGAUGCUCAUCUUCCAGGACACACAUGGAAACUGGGGCCUUGUGGGACCCUGGGAAUCAGGGCCCCAGCUUCUCUUCUGAGACUGUUUUUUUUUUUUUUAAAGACUGUGAAAUGUUUGUUUUAUUUUUUAAAUAAUCAUGAAACCAAAAAGAUUUGGAUCUCCCAGGCCCCAGCCUUGACCUGGCAGCCCUUCAUCAGGGUGGGGCUGACGGUCUGGAGCCAGCAUGUUGGUGCCUCUGGUGUUAUGGAUUUCUGGAAGGGCCACUGCAGCUGGACAGGGGUACUAUGGGCCAGGAGGGUCCCCUGGAUACAUGGUCCAUGGAGACAUGUGAUGAUGAAAUCAUGGCCAAUAAUAAUAAAGAUAUUCCCUUACUUG